AUGCCGGGGACUCUGGCAGAUGGACCUACGGUCUCCAUGUCUUUUGCCAACAACUUUUGGGGAAAAGAUGAUGCAGGACUUCAACCUAUGUUGGAUCGUGUACACGGUUCCAAAAUCACAAACGACGAACUAAAGGUGUUCUACAACAUCCGAGCUUCGAUCGAAGAUGAAUAUGCGCGCAAACUUAUGGCCCUUUGUCGCAAAUCACUAGGGUCAUGCGAGAUCGGCUCACUCCGCUCCUCCCUUGAUGUGGUGCGCGGCGAGACUGAAGCGAUCGCCAAGUCACAUGCAUCAAUUGCCUCACAAAUGAAAACCGAGUUAGAGGAGCCGCUAUCUGCAUUUGCCAGUGGUAUCAAGGAGCGAAGAAAGAUUAUCCAGCAAACCAUUGAGCGCCUUCACAAAACAAAAAUGCAGCAGACACAAACUGUGAACAAGACACGCGAUCGAUACGAACAAGAUUGCCUUCGCAUUAAAGGAUACCUCGCUCAAGGGCACAUGGUGAUGGGCCAGGAAGAGCGCAAGAAUAAGGCGAAGCUCGAGAAGACCCAAGUCCAAAUGGCUUCCAACAGCAAUGAAUAUGAAAAUGCUGUAAAGACACUCGAGGAGACUACUGGACGCUGGAACAAGGAGUGGAAGUCUGCGUGUGAUAAGUUCCAGGACCUGGAAGAAGAGCGAUUGGAUUUCACAAAGAGCAGCCUUUGGACUUAUGCAAACAUAGCUUCGACGGUUUGUGUCAGUGACGACGCCUCUUGCGAGAAGGUUCGCCUAUCAUUGGAGGAUUGCGAAGUGGAAAAAGACAUCAUCUUCUUCAUCAAGGAACAGGGAACCGGCCAGGAAAUCCCCGAUCCCCCGCGCUUUAUCAACUUCUGCAAGGAUGAUGAUUCGAGCUCCGAGAUGGACGAAUCCGAGGGAUACUCAGUGGCCCAGUUCCAACGCACUAUGAACCCUGCUUUCCGCACAUCUUCGCCUCAACCCUCUACAUUCGAGUCGCACCACGACCCACAGUCAGAUCUUGCUGCUCAAAUGGGGCAUAGUGCUGCGUCUCCUACAACCACCCAGCAACCUCAGAUGCCACCUCCUCAAAUGCCACCAGCUCAAAUGCCACCCCCUCAGAUGCCACCGGCCCAGAUGCCUCCUCCACAGAUGCCGCCGCAAAUGCCUCCUCAGAUGUCUCCAUCUCACCCUCAGCACCACCAUCGGUCUCAGCAUUACUCCCAAGAGCAGCAUUAUUCCCAGGAGCAGCCAGCCCCUCUGGACUUCCGUCGCGGUGGUGCACCACCUCCGAACUAUGAUCCUGAGCAACACGGGGAGAUUGGAGCUGUUCCUCACAACGCCUAUCCGACGGAUGGCAUGACCAUGUUCUGCCGGACGGGGCCUCCUUCAGAGCGCAGCUCAGCCACUAGCGCGUAUCGUCCAUCGAGCCGUGAUUCCCAGAGCGAAGUGUCUAAUCCUACCUCCUUGUCUAGUGUCGAGGCAACUCCAACCAAGAAGUCUAUCCCGAAGCCAACAAACAGCGCACCACUACCAAGCUCUGGGGAUGAGAAGUCACCAAAGAAGAAGAGUGCGUUCUUUAGCAAUAGCCCCUUCCGCCGCAAGAGCCGUCAUGAUAAGGAAAGACCUGUCAUUUCUUCACAGCAUGCUGCCUCUGCACAGCCAGCUAGUGCAUCAAACUCGGCUCCUCGAGGGGGAUGGGAUUCUCCGACUAAGCAAAUGAGCCCCCCUAAGCCUAUCAGUCCACCCAAACAGGUCAGCCCGCCCAAGCCUGUCAACCCGCCUCAGCAAGUCAGUCCUCCCAAGCCGAUUAGCCUGCCUAAGCAAGCCAGCCCGCCCAAGCCUGUUAGUCCACCAAAACAAGUCAGUCCUCCCAAGCCAGUCAGUCCUCCCAAGCAGGCCAGUCCGGUCAAGCCAAUCACAAGCGCCCCUGGUCGUCGUUCCGGAAGUCCAGAACCCGUUGAUCCUCGAGCCAACUUCCAACUCAACGUCGGAAAUAACGUCUUUGAUGUUGCAUCUCCAGAAAAGGAUACAUCUAACAAAUCCACACAGCCAGCCCAAGGUGCCGAAGAUGAUCUAGAUCCGAUUGCCCGAGCCCUUGCCGACCUCAAAACCAGCGGCAAGCAGUCAGCUACCAGGGUAUCGGCAGAUAGGUAUCAUGGCAUUUCGACCCCCACGCCUUCGGCCCCUAAUUCCACGUAUGGUGGUAGCAAUGCCAGCGUUAACGCCCCGCCCGCAUACAAUGACCCUACCGUCAAGCGACUAGGAGCGCCGCAGCCGGCAUUUACUGCAAAGCAAAUGCACAAGACAACUCAAAAGUACACUGGUCAAACCCAGAGUAUGCUCCGAGGUGCCAACAACAGCAUGGGAUCCAGACAUAGUGGUCAAACCCAAGAAGCGCCGCGGGCUCGGUCACCUGCGCCUGCGCCACGGCGUAGUGUCAGUCCUCAGGUUCAGUCCCCCCGGGUUGACACGAGGAUGAGCCAAAACAGUGGCAGAGGACCAAGCCCCAGCCCUAGCUCGUAUCAGUCCAACAGCAUGCGGAGCCAGUACAGCGCAUCGCCUACUCCACGUCGCACUCAAGAUGCGCCAUACUCUCCCCACGACUUCAGCCGCAGAGCUUCGCCUGCCAUGAGUCACCGUGCGGUUUCUCCCCAGCCACAGUUCAGACAGCAAACCCGUCCAUCUAGUGCUGGCGGUAUGGAGCUACAGCUAUCCGGAAGCCAUGAUAUGUACGGAGCCAGUAGCCCCGGGGGAUAUGCCAGCUCGGUUCGAUCCAGUGGCCGCCCAUCAUCCACUUAUGGAGACAGUGCUCCUCCCCCUACUCGACCCAGAAGCCGUACUAUGGCGGUUGCCGAGCCUGGGCGCAAAUUUAGCCGUGACGGCAGACCAAUCUUGCACUUCGCUCGUGCCAUGUACACUUACAACGCUGCCAUUCCCGAAGAGCUCGGCUUCGGCAAGGGUGACGUUCUCGCCGUUCUCCGUCUGCAAGAUGACGGAUGGUGGGAAGCCGAGGUCACAAAUGCCCGUGGCCGCCCUGGCCUUGUGCCUAGCAACUAUCUUCAAAUCAUUUGA